AUGGAUGCAGUGAUGCCAACGGACAGCAAUCGGGAUUGGCGCACCGAUCGACGCACCGGCGAUGAUGAAAUUGGCAUACCUGACCGAUACGACGCUCGCGGCGGAACGGCGUACAGCAGUGGCAGUGGCGCCGAACACGUACUUAAUGUGGUGCAUUUGCACCACCUACAAUUGGGGGUUCAGUCCCAUAAUGCCAUAAAUGAUGGCAUUAAAUCAAACAACAGCUGCAUUUAUGGAAAUCAAUGUACAGAAAGCAUCAAUACCCAUUCACACUCAGGAGAGGACUUAGGUACAAAUGUCGAGCAAAAUGAGACUGUCUUUACGGAUAAAUCAAAGAAUUUUGAACGUUUGCCUGCAUCAACAGCUCAAACUUCAUAUAUUGGAGAGGACUUGGGUACAAAUGUCGAGCAAAAUGAGACUGUCUUUACAGAUAAAUCAAAGAAUUUGGAACGUUUGCCUGCGUCAACAGCUCAAACUUCAUCUAUUGGUAUUAAUUCACAGAAAGCUUGGACGUACGAUGGCUUUCAUGCGUGGCAAAGACCUAAAGAUAUUUGUACACAUGAGAAGACUACUCCACACAUCAACGCAACUGUUACUAUCAAAAUGAAAUUGUUAUCCAUGCCUGUGUUACCAGCACUUAUUGAAAAAAAAAAAAUGCAAGUAGAAUUUAACAGAGAAAUAGUUCAUCAACUUAUAGAGGUUACACUGUAUCUCGGCAGACAUUCUUUAGCAUUCCGUGGGCAUAGAGAAGGCUUCAAUGAAAAUAUUCGUGGUAAUUUUAAAGAUUUAGUCAUUCUAUUAAGUAAAUGGUCACCAUCUUUGGCUAUUUAUUUAGAAAGAUUACAAUCAACCGGUCGAAAUGAAACAAACUUUUUAUCCUGGCAACGGCAAAAUCAAUUAAUAGAUUCUGUUUCAACUAUUAUCAACAAAUCUAUCAAAAAAGAAAUUAUUGAUGCUAAGUAUUUUAGUGUCUCUAUUGAUACAACAUUCGACUCGUCUAAAAGAGAGCAAUUAGCUUUUGUUGUACGGUAUGUUAGUUUUUCCAAUAAAAUUCCAGAAAUUCAAGAACGGCUGAUUUCAUUAAAAGAAUCUUCUCUUACUACUGGUCAAAGAUUGUUUGAAAUCUUUAAAGAUAUUUGUAAUGAAAGAGAAUUAAACUGGAAACAACAUUUAAUUGGUCAGAGUUAUGAUGGUGCCAGUAACAUGCGAGGUGAGUACGAAGGUCUACAAGCAUUGGUUCUUCAGCAAAAUCCUUCUGCCAUUUACAUCUGGUGCUAUUCCCAUAGAUUAAACCUUGUAGUUAUACAAAUGGCGAGUACUUCUUCAAAUGCAGUUGACACAUUUGGAAACUUAGAAUCUUUGUACAGUUUUAUAUCAACUAGUAAAAAAAGAAUUGCUUUUUUUGAAAAAUCACAAAAAAAACAUUAUCCCAAUCAGAAUAUUCGCCGUUUAAAGCGAGUUGAAACCACGAGGUGGAUGUCAUAUUCCUCAGCUCUAAAUAAUGUUUUACUUACAUACAAUGCUGUAAUUGAGACAUUGGAGUAUAUAGUAAGUGAAGAAAGUAGAGUAGAUUUUAAGGUUGGAGCGAAAGCAUCAGAAAUAUUCACAGAAUCCAAUUGUUUUAUGAGUGAUCAUGCCGAUGAAUUUGAAUUCACUCAAUUGGUCAUAAAUAGAAGUAGAACUAAAAAAAAACAAUUUGAUGAAAAUUCUAGUGAUGAACCGGUAGUAGAUCCUAAGCUGAAAUUUAAAAUUGAUACUUAUUUUGGCGCACUUGAUGCAGCAAUAAUGGCUAUAGAAAACCGAUUUCACUCAACUGCACAAAAUCUUUUAAGGGAUAUAUCAUUCUUCUCAAAAAAUCGUUUAAAUCAAAUCGGAAUGAGUUGUGUAAUGAAUAUAUUCAGUUUGCAAACUUGUAUUCUGACUUUGAAAAAAGUAACUAAACUACCAAAAAAUAUUUAUCCCUUUACUUCCAAUAUCAACACUUCUGACAUUGAAUGUAACGUGGAGAUUUCAACAUCAGAUGAAGAAUUAAACAAUGAUCAAACACAAAAAGAUAUUAUGAAUACAGGAAGCUUAUUAACAUUACUACAAAUAUGCUAUUCAGCUGGACUUCAUAGUAUAUUCCCUACAUUAUUUAUGGCCCUUCGUAUUGCUUGUACAUUGCCAGUAUGUAGUGUAACCACUGAAAGAACUUUUUCUAAAUUAAAAAUUAUCAAAAAUCGGUUAAGGAGCACUAUGAAACAAGAUCGUCUUGAGUCAUUAUUAAUAAUAUCAUGUGAGUCCGAUGUGCCCAUAGAUAAUGAUGAAGUGGUUGAUAUAUUUGCAAAAUGCAGUACAGUACUAAGCAAAAAACUUAUUGGUUGA